CUAAAUUUUAAUAAAUAAAUCAAACAGUCUGUAACAUUUACAUAUUUAUAUACACCAAUGCCAAAAUUCUUUAUUUUAUGCAUUGGCACAUUUUUUGCUUUUCCUUUACAGGCAAAACUCUUCUUUCCUAAAGAUGCAUUAUUUUCCAUUUAAUAAAAUACAAAACUUGACCGUACAAAAAACAUACAAAUACACAGUAGACAAUCGAAUUAAGUAAUGAUUAAGUAUUAAGAUUAGGUAAAAUGGUGUAAUUAAACGAUUUAAAUAAAAACAGAGCUUGCUUUACCAAAUACCACCGAAACCCACUAAGAAUACAGCAAAUCGUCUCUCCGCCAUUAAAACACCUUCCUUUGGACAAAAAAGCUUCAAACUUCUCUAAACCCCCAAAUCAGCAAAAAUAGGGUUAAUCGAAGAACCUCACCGUAAGUCCACUGAGGAUUCAAGUUCUUGUUUUGGUUUAAGGAAGAAGAGCAGCAAAAACCUCAAGGAGAAGAAGUCAAAGAUGACUCAGAGUCAAACCAACGACGGAGCUGGAGCCGGAGCUGUUACGACGGUAGAAGCUGUUCCUCCUCAGCCGCAGCCGCAGCCGCAGCAGCAGAGCAACGAGAUGGUGUUGCAUACGGGAAGUUUGAGUUUUAGUAGCCAUAUGUCGAGGGAAGACGAAGAGAUGACUCGUUCUGCUCUUUCGGCGUUUAGAGCUAAAGAAGAUGAGAUUGAGAAGAGGAGGAUGGAAGUUCGUGAACGGAUCCAAGCUCAAUUGGGUCGGGUCGAGCAAGAAACCAAACGUCUCUCCACUAUUCGUGAGGAGCUUGAGUCUAUGGCAGAUCCUAUGAGGAAGGAAGUUUCUGUGGUUCGUAAGAAGAUUGAUAGUGUUAACAAAGAACUCAAACCUUUAGGUUCCACUGUUCAAAAGAAGGAAAGGGAAUACAAAGAAGCACUUGAUACAUUCAAUGAGAAGAACCGGGAGAAAGUUCAGCUGAUCACAAAACUCAUGGAGUUGGUUGGAGAAAGCGAGAAGUUGAGGAUGAUUAAGCUGGAGGAGCUGAGCAAGAGCAUAGAAACCGUGUGAAAGGUGUACAAGAACUAAUUGGGUUCUUUGUGUGAUGAUGUACCUACCUAGUUUAAAUUUUUCAUCUUGUAAGAUGUGUGUAUUUUUAACAUUUGUGGGUGCUUUUAUUGUUGUUAGUUUUGAAAGUCUUUGGGGGUUUGAUUUGUAAAAUUUGUGGGUUCUCUCUUAUUUUUGAUUUAACCAAAUUAGGGAUAUGGGAAAAUGGGAGAUUCUUAGGAUACUGAAACUCAUCACAGUGAUUAUUCUUUCUUUCUCUGUAUUAUGUUUUUGUAUUUGUCUUUUUGAAGAAUUUAUUUAUUUUAUU